CUUAGUCGCAUCGGAAUCACCGCGUCGAUCCCACUCGAGCCUUUGAGUCGAUAGUUUCGAAACGAGCCGACAUGUCGGCGGAGGCAGCGCAGGAGACCGUGGAUGACUUCGUCGUGGCUGCGAGAUACGGCGACAUGGAAGAUGUGCAGCAGUAUCUGAGUCAGGGCGUGUCGGUGGACGCGGUCGAUGUCGAGGGGCGCACUGCGCUUUUCUUCGCAGCCGCGAACGGCCAUCUGGAGAUUGUCGAGCUCUUAUUGGAGAAGGAGGCGGACCCCAACAUCGCGAACGCGCAGGGCAACACUGCGCUGCACUGGGCGUGCGUCAACGGGCACACGGCGGUGGUCGAGAAGCUCCUGAGUGUGGGUGCUAAGACGGCGGUGUGCAACGCGGGUGGACGGACAGCGCUGGACGAGGCGAUGCACAACGAUAGGCAAGAGUGCAUCGAUGCCAUCCUCAAGGCAUCGGGUGUAGAGGACGAGGAACACGAGGAUGAUAUCGAGGUGGAGGGCGAGGAGGCGGAGGAGAUCAUCGUGGGGCCCGACGACAUAGCUGAAUGAAUUUAAGUUGGCUUUCUUGACACGAA